CAGUAGACCCAAUGAUAAACUUCGCCGCAUUCAAGUGCGCAGCGCAAGAGUAAACGCGAGAGUCGGGGCGGUGGGCAGAUAAGAUAGGCAAACUUAUUUCCUGUACCGUACCUGAUUCUACAUUGUUGUCUUGCCUACUAAGUGUACAUUUACAAGUUGUUAAAUCAACGCCUGGAAAAUGCAAGCCAUCAAGUGUGUGGUUGUUGGAGAUGGUGCUGUGGGAAAGACAUGCCUGCUCAUCAGCUACACAACCAACGCCUUCCCUGGAGAGUACAUCCCCACAGUGUUUGAUAACUACUCAGCCAAUGUGAUGGUGGACAGUAAGCCAGUGAAUCUGGGACUGUGGGAUACAGCAGGACAGGAGGACUAUGACAGACUCAGACCUCUGUCCUAUCCUCAGACGGAUGUGUUCCUCAUCUGUUUCUCUCUGGUGAGCCCAGCAUCGUUUGAGAACGUCAGAGCCAAGUGGUACCCUGAGGUACGACACCACUGCCCCUCCACACCCAUCAUCCUGGUUGGCACCAAGCUGGAUCUGAGGGACGAGAAGGAAACCAUUGAGAAGCUGAAGGAGAAGAAGCUAGCGCCCAUCACCUACCCACAAGGCUUAGCACUAGCCAAAGAGAUAGACUCGGUAAAGUACCUGGAAUGCUCUGCCCUGACCCAGCGGGGGCUGAAGACGGUGUUUGACGAGGCCAUCCGAGCGGUGCUGUGCCCCCAGCCCACCAAGAUGGUGCCGACCUUUCCCACUCAUUGGGGAUUGAGGCAUAUAGCUGGAUGUACAGAACAGAUGGAUUCAUCUCAACGUUAGACCACUGUUCAGGUCUGAAAACAACCAUCAGACUUUCUGGAUCAUCACUAUAAAUGUCCUUAAUAUUUUCAAGACAAAUCCAGGAUAAGAACACAUGGAUAAGUGUUUUAGAUUCAUAUAUUGGUAUUUGUUUUUGGUUUCUGACUCAUUUUCUCGACAGUACCUCACUUCUUCUAUAUGGUUUGUUUAUGCAGUGACUGGUCCUUAUUGUACAAGAAAGACACUGAAAAAUAAAAAGACCAAACAUUACGGUGUGUAUAGUCAGAAAUGUAUUGUAAAAUUCCGAACCAAUUGCACCAUCCUUUCCAAUAACGUAAGAAACUCUCUAAAAUGAUCAUGUUGUUUACUGUAUAAAAUGUAUUUUUUAUAUUUUGACAUGAUACAGCAUUGUACUAUAUUUCUUAGGUACUGUAUUACUUCUCUCUCUAUUACAAUUUUACAUAUGAGUGUCUCAUUCUGUACUGAUCAAAACUUAUUUUCUAUUAAGUGCCUUCUUCCAUUGGGGUAGAAUUAUUGAAAUUAGCUUUUACUCUCCCCUCCAUAUUUGUAUUUUAUUUGGCUCUAUACUCCAUCAUUUUAGAUUUGAUACAGAAUGUUUCAUAUACACUGAGUAUAUCAAACAAAAGGAACACCUUCCGAAUAUUGAGUUUGCACCCCCCC